AUGGAAACAAAGAAAUGUCAGCUCAAGAAUGUGGAGAGAAACAUAGAGGACACAAAACACAUCAUAGCAGAUCUGAAGAAGACUCUGAACCCUGAGAUGUGCAGAUGCUUUGUUGAUGCAUUCCUGACACGUAAGCAAAAUCUGGAGGAGUCUGAAAACAAGGAGUCACACUAUCAUGAUGACAACCUGGUCUACAGUGUGAUAAAUCUGUUUGCAGCUGGAACUGAUACCACAGGAAAUACACUUCAGUGGUGUCUACUUUUCAUUGCCAAGUACCCUCAUAUUCAAGAGCGGGUCCAGGAGGAGUUGAGCAGGGUGGUUGGAAGCCGUCGAGUCAGAGUAGAGGACAGGAAGAACCUGCCCUACACUGACGCUGUCCUCCAUGAAGUACAGAGAAUGGCUAAUGUUGUCCCCAUGGCUAUUCCUCAUAAAACCAGUCGAGACGUCACCUACCAGGGCUACUUUAUCAAAGAGAGCGAAUGGGAGAGCCCACAUUCCUGGAUAAGGCAGGGUAAAUUUAUCAGAAGAGAUGCCUUCAUGCCUUUUCUUGCAGGUCGCAGGGUGUGUCUUGGAGAGAGCCUGGCGCGAAUGGAGCUCUUUCUCUUCUUCACCUCGCUCCUUCAGCGCUUUCGUUUCACUCCCCCACCUGGAGUUACAGAGGAUGAACUGGAACUCACACCAGUUGUGGGCUUCCUCCUCACCCCUUCACUUCAUGAGCUGUGUGCUGUCAGUCGCCCCUGACAAAGACAGCCGGAACUUCUUGAUUAUUAUUUUGUGUUGUUAUUCCACUGCGGGAGCGGGAAUUUCCUCUGUGCCACUUGUAGUCACUCAGUCACCCAUAUUGUGGGAGGGGAUGUUAUGUGAAAAUGUGUAGAGAUAUCACAACUUAACAGCAAUUAGCUAUAAUUUAAAAGUACAUUAAUUGUAUUCAGUUGGG